AUGGAGACAACGCUCAAAUGGUAUCAGGGCUGGCAUGUACCAGGGGCAGUCAAAGCCGUAAUGGCUUUCCAGAUCAUCUGGUCUGUCAUCAUUUUCGGCCUGUUCGUGGUCAUUCUUCGACGACUCUGCUUCGUCCCGCCUGGCCGCUACACACGCGCUCCCUACAUUCUCCUUUCCAUCGUCGCAGGUACAUUGUCUCUUUCGUACCUUCUUUCCGCAAUCCUGCGACGAAUCUCGAGGGCCGAGAGCAACGUCUCGUUGACACUCCUUCACAACUUGGGAUUGAUCGUAAACUUUUUGUGGAACAUCGCCUUCGCGUUCGAGCCAGCGGUCUGUCUGUGGCUCAUCCACCUUCGAGGCAAAUUGACGACCACGACUGAGGGCAAGUCUGUCAACCCGUGGGUGUCGCAGCUUUGGAAACGCAUCGUCGACUGGUUACUCGUGGCUCUCACCUUUAUCAUCAGCAUCGUGUUGAUUGCAAUCUUGUCCAUUCUGUGGACACAGUUGGAUCAAGGACGUCGGAAUUCAGGACAAACAAUGGACCUCCAUCACGUCCUCGGCAUUACUACAACCGCAUUGGGCCCGGUCCUGACAGUCGACAUUAUCCUUUCUUUCAUUUGCCUCAAGGUGUCCCAGAGGAGAGUGCAGUUUGCCGAUCCUGUGACCACACGACUUGUCGUAGUCGUCUUGCCCUUUGUGACCAUCGGCCUUAUCGAAUUCUUGGUGAACACAAUCUUACCAUACACGUAUGCGCUUCGCAAAGAGGCCGACUUCAACCUAUUCAACCUCCUCAUUGCCAUCAUCGAUGGUGUUUGCAGAGUGGGGAUCAUUGGCGGCCUUUUGUCCACAAUGACGAUUCCAAAUGCAUUCUGUGUGCCGGGUACCACUGCCUCUGCUCUCGCUCUGCCUGUUGGCGAGGACGCUGGAUACAUGUUGCACAAGUCGUAG